GCCACCCCCGCCCCUCAUAGUGGCGCUCUCGCCAUCUUGCACCCCCUCCAGCCUAGCCCAGUCACCUUUUCCCUUUCCACAGUUUCUGUCCCCCCUAUUCCCCGCCCCCUGCCCAUCGUGUCCCGGGUCCGCCGCCGCCGCAGACACCGCGCCAUCUCUGUCCCCUCUCAUUCUCCACGCGGGACGCGCAGACGUGCUUCCACGUGUCCUUAAGCAGAGAUGAAUAAUACAGCAGCUAGCCCGAUGUCUACUGCCACUUCGAGUAGUGGAAGAAACACAGGGAAGGCUGUAAGCUUUGCUGCAGAACUGCAGAGCAUGCUGUUUUCUUUAGGGGAUGCUAGGAGGCCUCUCCAUGAAACAGCAGUUUUAGUAGAAGAUGUGGUUCACACACAGCUAGUUAACUUGGUACAGCAAGCUGCAGAAGUCUCUCAACUGAGGGGAGCAAGGGUGAUCUCUGCUGAAGAUCUUCUGUUCUUGAUGAGAAAAGAUAAGAAAAAGCUUAGAAGACUUCUAAAAUACAUGUUUAUCCGAGACUACAAAUCAAAGAUCAUCAAAGGCAUUGACGAGGACGACCUCCUGGAAGAAAAACUUAGUGGCAGCAGCAGUACAAACAAGAGACAGAAAAUCGCUCAGGACUUGAUCAACUCUAUUGACCAAACAGGAGAGCUUCUGGCCAUGUUUGAGGACAACGAACUUGAUGAUGUUAAACAGGAGAGAAUGGAGAGAGCAGAAAGACAGACUCGAACUAUGGAUUCAGCUCAAUAUGCGGAAUUCUGUGAAAGCCGGCAGCUAAGUUUCUCCAAAAAAGCUUCCAAAUUUCGAGACUGGCUGGACUGUGGCAGCAUGGAGAUAAAACCCAAUGUCAUAGCUAUGGAAAUUCUGGCAUACUUAGCGUAUGAAACAGUGGCACAGGUAGUGGAUCUGGCUCUUCUCGUGAGGCAGGAUAUGGUUUCCAAGGCAGGGGACCCCUUCAGCCAUGCCAUUUCUGCAACCUUCAUUCAGUAUCAUAACUCAGCUGAGGGGUCCUGUUUGAAGUCCUGUCCAGACUCUCCUGAGAACACACCGCCUGCUACGCCAACAGCUCCCUCUUCUGGAUCUCAGCAUUCCGGGAGAGCCACAUCCGGGUCCCUGGGGAGUGGCAGCACAGGACAAGACUCUAGUAAAAGCAAGCCCAGAAAGAGGAAAAGGAGCACUGCGGCCUGUGGUGUUGAGGCUCACAGCGAUGCCAUCCAGCCCUGCCACAUCAGAGAAGCCAUUCGACGCUACGGCCACAAGAUUGGCCCUCUUUCCCCAUUCACAAUUUCUUUGUCUUUGACAGAGUGCCUACCGAAGGAGCGGGAUGGCUUUUCUGGCCUGCUGAGGAGACUGUAUGUAGCUGUGCCUGCUGCAACAAGAGAGGGAAUGGGACAUCGAGGUCAUUCUUCCCUGUGCUGGAUGAAAAUAAAAUGUGGAUUUACCGUCUCCUGCCCUAGGGAGUGGCCUGCUUUGUUUUUGACUCUCCACUGUCUGACUCCAGCUCUUCCUCAGCCUCCUUAGCCUUGUUUACUGAGUGGGCCAUUUGCCUAAUUAAUGGCAGGAUGUUGGGUGGUGUGUAGGUGGACAAGAACGCACAUCACACAAUUCUGAAUUCUGAAUUUGGCAUGGAUUUGCUGCCCUCAGCUCAUAAAUCUUAAAAGCAGAGUUGUGCUUUUUUUCCCUCCAGUGUUUAGUCUGCCUUUUAUAGGAUGCAUUUUUAUGAUUCAGAUUGGGACAAAAGAGACAAAUGAGUCAGUCUCCCUUCCCAGUGACCCAACAACUGUGCUUCCAUUGUUGACAGUCUCUGCGUGUGUUCUAGAGAUGCAGUCAUUUGAUGAAUAUGCACCCAUCAAAGAUUCACCUGGCAGGACAAAGCCACCUGUUCCCCUCUUCUCCUGUCACCCCACUCACUACAGGGGUCACUUUUUCAUGCCUCCUUCCUUCUGCUUCACAGAACUCGCCUCAUCUGUCUUCACUGCCUUACGUUUCCAGCUGAACCUUCCCCGAGCCCCCACCACCACACACACAAAGCUUCCAUGCCUUUUCAGAAGCAAAGUCAAAAGGAAGAGCACAGGGAUUCUAGGAUUCACCUAACCCUUCAGAGCUCUCCCCCUGGCCUGGAAUCCAGUUAAUACACUGCCUGCUAGGAGCAGCUGAGCUGCCCCAGUGGCGUCUGUUCUGUCUCCAGUAAAUGAGGAAGUAAAAGUCUUGGGAACAACCCAAAAUCUAGCAGAUGCGAUGGUACAGUUCCUGAUUAAAUACGAAUUGCGGAGGAGGAAGUUAAGUCUUUAAUUCUGUAAGAGUUUCGGGUGGAAGAGAGAAAUAAGAGCAGCCGUUUUCUGUGUGAGCAAACCCUGGAGUGGCCACAUGCUUGUGCCGUGGUGUCCCCACUGUCAUUUACCUGCUGUGUAGUAAUCUUGGGGAAAAUGUGCAUGCUACGAAAAACGCGGAUAUUUAAUAUCAAAAACCGCCGGAGGGUUUUGAUGUUCUACCCAUGCCUGUCGAAAAGUAUGAUUAAACCGUUCUUUUUAUCAUCAUCCCUAUUUUCCUUGGCAUCCCUAAUCAUGGAAAAUUAUAACCCUGCAGUAAACAUCCCUUACUUGGGAGAUGGCAGCACUCGCUGUAUUUGGUCUCCAUCUGCCAGGCUUGUAGGCGAUCUGACAUUUUCAGGGGCUAAUUUUUCCUAUUGAAAGCCCAUCUCUGCCCCACAGUAUAUAUUUUAAGUAGCACGAGGCAGAAAAUGCAAGGCUUUGUUUCCCCGUCGUCCUCUUCUACCUAAUCUCCUUGUAGUCCCAGGGAAGGAAGACUCAACGUACAUUUCUCUCAGAAACACGACAGCUCUGUGUUUUUGUUGGUCUGGUGUAUGUUUGUCUAUCUUGAACCGUCUGGCAGGCAAUUAUUUAUAAAAUCUGGUUUGCCCAGCGAGUUCACAUAAUACCUUUCACUUUUCAUCCUGAGCCAGAAAGCUGAAUUUAGAAUCAAACAAGGCCGUUUGUGUCUGUCCUGAGCCAGCCUAGAUGUGCCCAUAAUUGCUCAAUGCUAAUAUUUUAAUCCUUUUUUUUUCUUCCCUACACUUAAGUUCUCUCCCUUACCCUUAAAACAAGACUAAAUUCGAAGCAAAACAAAAUUUUCUGAACAAUUAUAUAGAUACAACAGAAGGAAAAUCUUAGAAAUGACACUUCAAUAAACUGUCUCCUAAGAUUAAAGUGUCAACUAUUAUCAUAGUUAGAGAAGACCACUGUCCUCAUUUAUUCUCACUGUGUCAUUGGAAACUGUCACACACUUGACAGAUGAAAAGGAACCUGGCCUAGAUGGGGGAAGAGACCAUGCAUGAUAACCUAUGGCCUCAUUUUCAGCCCAGUCCACCUCUUCACCACCCUAUUUUUACGUGACAAUAUUACAAAGGCACACUAGCCUUUUCAUAUUUAUCCCAAACAAUAAAGUUAUUCUUAAUGAUACUAAUUACACAUAUACCCUAAAACAUAAAUGUGAAGUCACAUAAUGAAAUCUUAAAUUGACUAUGCUAUAAAUGAUGGUUUCUAUACAUGGGGCUCAACUCUAAAUCAUGUAUGAAUACCCAAAUUUCUGGAUGAGUUUUUAUGAUUAUUGUUACUAAUCUUUGCAUUUUAGAGAUCAAACUUGAAAAUAAAUAAAUCCAAUAAUAAUAAUAUAAUAAACUUUGCUUUUGGAAAAUUGAUGUUGCCCCCUAGACUAAGGGUAAGGAAACCAAACUACUUCUACACCUAUGUUUCGAAAUGUGGCCUUCUGGAAGUGCCCUCUAGAGGUCAUGGCACUGACCUUUCCUGCCUUCACACAUGACAGACAAUAGUUGAGAUUCAAAAAUAAUUUUCUAAUGUUAGGGGCUAAGGAUUUUAUUUAAAAACCAUCAGAAGUGCAAAUAUUUUCCAACAGUCUAUAUCGUCCCUGUGUUCUGUCUGUUCUUUGUCUUUAAAAAGUAAUAAACAGCCCACAUCAAUGUUUACCACAUAGAAGACACGUAAACAUAACUGGUGGUCUGUGGUCUGGAAGAAAACAAGUUUAUUUGUCUAGAAAUUGAAAAGUUCAAAUUUAUGAAUUUUUUCAGUAUAACUCCAAAAUUAGGCAUUGCUUUCAGGGUCAUAUAACCCCUGUGUGAAGUAAAUCACAGAGAGUGUGUGUUCUAUCUGCCCUCUAGACCUCAAAUAGUCCUGCCCUAUCUGCCCUCCGGAUCUCAGAUAGUCCUGCUCUAUCUGCCCUCCGGACCUCAGAGAGUCCUGCCCAUCAACCCUGUAUACAUCUCAUAACGUCUUUUACGGUCUCCUGUGUGUUCUGGCCCAGCAUUUCAUCAUGCAUAAACAGUUGUAUGAAUAGUGUAAGGACGGCUAGCCGAGUGUGUCCCGGCAGCGCCUCCUUGGCCAACUGAGUCCCCAGCAGCGUUCUAGCCCAUUUGGAAGCCAGGCUGAACUCUUUUGUGCUUUGCAUAGUAGUGGCGAGGAGCAGGGACUCUGACAGUUUCCCUGGAGCUGUGUUUCGUAAAGGAAAGGCUCCACAAGGGCAUCCAGCCAAGCAGCUAAACCAUGCCAUGGGAGGUGGAUGUAAAUAUGAUGGUUAAAUAAGGACCAGAUGCCCUGGGGAACUCCAAUAUCAAAAGUCAUAUCUCUUAAAGUGAGUCUCAAGUGUUGUGAACAGGAUAGUGGUACCGUGGAAGGGGGUGUUGGUUUUAAGUAUGAAACAAAAUAUCAAGCAUUCAAAUUGUCCUAAGUCAUGGAAAUUUUGGCAG